AUUGACAAGGCUAGAGACUGGGAGAGAGAGGAGGGAAGAAGGAGGUGACGGACCUGCUCCUCUGGGACUCGGCUACAGCUUACUGCUAGGUGCUAUCAGCAGGGUCGGCUCACAAAACGGUCUUCGGCUGUAAAAUGCACAAUAAGGUACCAAGCAGCGCCUUGUAGCUGUCACGGAACUCCGCGGGAAUCUCCACGGUCGCGGCUCCGCUUGUAGGAAAAUCUGGACUAAGUGUGUGAGGGGGGGGGAAGAAGGAUUCAUGGAGAUUCUGUGCAGCUUCGACGAGCAAAACGCCUGGAUUAUCUGAUUUGGGACGGGGCAUUGAACACUUUAAAGUCGAUACGGUGCUUCUCUGUUGUGCCACCGCCGUGCCCAACUCUAGCCUACGACGUGUUUUUGUUUUUAGCGGUGACAGUAGUAUACGGUGCUCCGGUCAUGGCGGACCAAGAGGAGACUUUUGCCCUUCAAAACUCUCCCGGUGGCUCGGAUUCAAGGGAAUUACAGAACGAUAAUAAAUCAGAGAAACAGAACGGGACCUCAAGCAAAUCCCCAUCAUCACAGACAACUUACAUUCAGCAGGGAAUGGAGGGGAUUAAAGUCUACCUGCAUGAGAGGGAACUUUGGACAAAGUUUCACGAGGUGGGGACGGAGAUGAUCAUCACCAAAGCCGGAAGGCGAAUGUUCCCCAGCUUCAAAGUGAAGGUCACGGGAUUAAAUCCCAAAACUAAAUAUAUUCUCCUGAUGGAUGUUGUUCCUGCGGACGACCAUCGAUACAAAUUCGCCGAUAAUAAAUGGUCUGUGACCGGGAAGGCAGAGCCCGCUAUGCCCGGCAGGCUCUACGUUCACCCGGACUCUCCCGCCACGGGGGCGCACUGGAUGAGGCAGCUCGUCUCCUUCCAGAAGCUGAAACUGACCAACAACCACCUGGACCCGUUCGGACACAUCAUCCUAAAUUCGAUGCACAAGUAUCAACCGAGGAUCCACAUUGUGAAGGCAGAUGAAAAUAACGGCUUUGGCUCCAAAAACACGGCCUUCUGCACUCAUGUCUUCCCCGAGACAGCCUUCAUUGCGGUUACGUCCUAUCAGAACCAUAAGAUAACCCAGCUGAAGAUUGAGAACAAUCCGUUUGCAAAAGGCUUUCGUGGAAGUGAUGACAUGGAACUGCACCGGAUGUCUAGAAUGCAAAGUACCAAGGAGUAUCCAGUAGUGCCUCGCAGUACAGUGCGCCAGAGAGUGGGCUCCAGCCACAGCCCGUUCAGUGGGGAGGUCCAGGGCAUGGCCACCCCGAGCACCCUGAGCUCCCAGUACUCCCAGUGUGAGAACGGAGUCACAAGCACCUCACAGGACAUGCUGCCUCAGUCGGGGUCCUACCCCCUGCCACAUGAGCACGGCCAGGAGUACCACGGCAUCAAGAGGAAAGUGGAGGAUGAUUGUCACUCAGGUGAGCACAGCUAUAAGAAGGCCUAUCUGGAGAGCUCGUCCAGUGAGGAGGACCAUUACUACCGUCCUGUUGGCUACGCUCAGAGCCUCAGCCUGGCCAGCGGGCCCUACCGCAGUGAAUCCAGCCAGCGGCAGGCCUGUAUGUAUGCCAGCACCUCGCAGGGUGCUGAACCUGUUCCUAGUUUGGAGGACAUCAGCUGCAACACUUGGGCCAGCGUUUCACCCUAUGGGAGUUGCUCCGUCACCACCAUGCAGCCAAUGGAGCGGCUGCCCUACCAGCACUUCUCCGCUCACUUCACCUCAGGGUCUCUGGUGUCCAGACUUGGCGGGGUUGGGGGCCAUGCCUCUCCACAGCUGGGCGAUGGCCACCAUACUGCCAUGUACCAGAGCUCCAUGACCCACCAGACUCUCGGCCGCCAGUGCAGUCCUGGGGCUGGGAUCCAGUCGCCAACAGCCGGCCUACAGGGAAACGAGUACCUCUAUACACACGGCAUACCACGUACACUAUCACCACACCAGUACCACACUGUACAUAGUGUCAGCAUCAUGCCAGAGUGGAACGAGAACAGCUAAAAGAGCUUUUUUUUUACACUCAACAGAUAAAGAUAUUAAAAGGAAAAAACAAAAAAGGACCAAAAUAAGGCAGGGUUUAGAUGAAUUUAUAUUUAUAUUUUUAGAGGGUGUGUUGCUGAUCAUCUUAAUGAGAUCAGUGUUGGUUCACUGACAGCAGUGGAUAUUUGUAAGAUGGUGUUGAGUAGGAAACCAAGUAUCUUAUCACUUAAUUUGUUGUGACAGCAUCUGCACUUAUAAGCAAAUAACAAAUAACAAAGAGGAGCUGGACCAGAACAUACGCAAAGACUGCUCAAGGGCAGCAAAAGUGAACUCAGUGGAAAUUCAGACACUGAACAGAAGAACAAAAAUGCUUAAGCUACUUUGCCAGCAGUCCCCAGGUUGAUGGUGUUCUUGUGCGGUGGUGUUUUUUGGAUGUCAACGUUAACGUUUCAGAGACAAGUGAAUAUGUUUUCAUCUUUUUUUAACAAGUACAAAAGUCGUGUUUUGUAUUCAUGUCCCGAAUUUGUGUAAAAAAAGGAUGUUUGUCUUCUCUCACAUUAUCCUGCGUUCUCAUUUUCUUUUAAAUUUUCUUAGUUAACAACUUACUUUAUAGUCAAAUUGCUAUAAGUUAAAAAAUGAAUCAGCAGAUGGGAGCUUUUGUUGUGGCUCUUUGGAGAAUUUGCUUGCUCUUAAAUCUGUUAGGAGGGUGACUUUUUUUUCCCUGUUGCUGGGUACAUUUACAUGCAUGUCAAAAAUGUAAUCUUAAUGCCAUUAUGAGAAGCAUGACAGUAAAUAUCACAAGUAGAACAGCACUUCAAUUAAAUUGUUUACUGAUGCACGGACAUUUCAGGCAGACACCAUCCUUCGGCUAUACAAGAUGAAGUUCAACAUAUAGCCAAUGACAUUAACAUGAAAUUAAAGAAUACAGUAAUAACUGGAUUUUUAACCUGGACCUUAUUUUCCCAGUUUUUGCCAUCAUGAUCCAUCAGCUAUUUUAUACCUCUCAAUUUGCAGGGUGACCUGCACUCCAGUGUAGUCCAGUCAAGUUGCAACAACAUCACUCAAACCCAGAAGAACCAAUAAAAUAUUUCUUUUCAGCACCAUCACGCCCACACUGUAAUUUGACCUGCUUCUAUACAGCUCUCCUAUUAACUUUCAGGUAUAUUCAUACUAAGACAAUGAUGCCCUAUUUUUGGUUAAUUUGAGAUUAAUACAUACAGAUUACUGUUGGAUGUGGACAUUCUAACAAGUUGCAAAAAUACAAAAUAGUCAGCAAAGUGGAGCAGGAAUUAUGUGAGCAAUGAGAAGAAAACCAAAUGGACUGUCAGAACCUAAAGCUCCACUAUCAAUAUUCAGAAUCACAAUCCACUAAUCAAUAUUUUUAUAUUAACAGUGAAUCAAAAUACUAGUGAAUAUACGCAUGAAUAUUAUAUAUUAAUAUAUAAUACAUAGUCAUGUGGCCAAAAACACAACACCAAAUGAAUGGAAGUGUUUCUCUGUGCUAGAUGUGUAAUUAGGCAAUGGGUUGCCUAAAUAAAACUUUAUAAGGUGAUAAUAUGUCAGGGUUGUGGGUUUGUAGCCUUGUUGUGGCAUUCUUCUGCCCCCAAGUGGCCAAAAUAAAAAAAAUUCAGUUUGACUUUGGUUUCACUGGAUAGUACUUGGAACAGUGCUACCUGACGGAGAGGUAAUUAGCUCUGCAGUAAAAAAAACUGAUGCAUUUCAGGUCAGAAUAUCAGAUUUUUGGACAAUAAACUCCAGAUUUAAAAUAUAUUUCUUGAAGAAAUGGAUUAACACUUUAAAUUGUUACUUUGAUUUGGAUGAACAUCAUUAAAACUGCAAUUAAAGCAUUACUGAACAACUGGAACAACUGACAUUCAUUAUAAUCCAUAGUACAGAGGGCUUAUGACAGUGUGUCAUCAAUAAACAGUGUGCAAAAUUACAUGAAAAUGGGUAUUCUCUUACAGCCCUUGUACAGGAAUACCAAUCCACAAAAAAGCUUAAUUACACUAAAUCAUAAGAAAGGGCAAUAAUAUAAAAGUGGAACUAUUCCAGUUGGCACCAAAAUUAUAAUGUUCUCUCUAAACUCUCUAAAUUUGUUUGUAUGAUCUCUAUAUGAUGAAACAUAUUUUCCAUGACAUUAUUUUAACGUUUGGAAGAGAAAACAAGUUUCAGAAAGUGUCCUCAGUGUAUAGCCAUCAAGUGUUAGAAAUUUUCACCGUGCUGCCCAUUCUGGCCCCAUCCCAUUUUGUGAUGUUGGAAGUCUCUUCAGAGACAUGCUCCAGUCACACAUUAAUUAGUUGGCAAAUAUUCAGUAAUGGAUUCUCUCUGAGUCUACUAACAUUCAAAGAUAGAUUGUUGCUCGGCACUGCCAUGCUGUAAAACCUUGACACAUGUUGUGCAUACGUGUAGCUUGUUACAUUGGAAGAAGAAUUUAAACGUCAUUAUUUAUUUGUAUUGCAUAAUAUAAAACACUCUCUAUGGAGGAAAUUACUGUGACUCUGGAGCAUCCACAUCUGAAAUAUUUUGAAAUUAUAAACAGCAUUGCAGUAUUACAUUGUAAUUUCAGAUUGUUUGACAAAAUAUUUUUGCAUCUAAAAAAAACUAUAAAUAUUUUUGCCCUCUUUCUGACAUGACAACCCUACAAAGUUUGAAGGAGAUUGCUUAUCUUUGUGUAAGUUCUAGUUGUGUGUUUCACACAGUCUCAUGCUGUACUCAGUGAAUGUGUGCGCUCUAAAAUAUUAAUCCCCAAAAUGGCACUUCUCUGACAAUCAAACUAAAUCAACAUGUAAAGUAGCAGUUGGACACCACAUAGAAUGUAAAUUCUUAAAAUGCAAACAAAAUUUACUUGAUACACAUUAUGAAGCAAAAGUCAGUUUCACACUACAAGUGAGUGUAUGUUAGAGUAUGUUUUACAUGUGGACAACGGCUAAUUUUUAAAUGCUUGUAGUUGAUAGAAUGCUAUUUGUCAAUAGUAUUUAUUUUUCAACUAUGUAAAUCAGCUUGCUCCUGAAUGUAUCAAAGAUAGAUGGUCCCAUUUCUUUUUUUAUAGCCUGUUUUUUAUGAUUGUUUAUAGGAUUUUCUAAUCAUACCAAUAUAGAAAACAGGAGAUUACUAUAUAGUUGUCAAAAAGUAUCAAAAUAAAUAAGAUUGAAACACAUGGGUAACUUUGUAAAUAAACAUGUACAUAACAAUAAAUACAUUUUAAAAAAUUAAA